AUGGACAAGAAGAAGGUGGCGAUGCCGACGGUGUGCCAUGGGCACUCACGCCCGGUGGUGGACCUCUUCUACAGCCCUGUCACGCCCGACGGCUACUUCUUCAUCAGCGCCAGCAAAGGAGGUUUUGAGAAGAUAUUGCGUACAUAUGAUUUGAACCGCCCAGAUGCAACUCCAAGAGAAAUUGACAAAUCACCUGGUUCUGUCAGAACUGUCACUUGGCUUCAUAGUGACCAAACUAUACUAAGUUCCUGCACUGAUUUAGGUGGUGUGAGGUUAUGGGAUGUAAGGAGUGGGAAAAUUGUCCAAACACUUGAAACCAAAUCACCUGUCACCAGCGCAGAAGUAAGCCAAGAUGGUCGGUUUAUCACGACAACUGAUGGCUCAAGCGUGAAGUUUUGGGAUGCAAAUCACUUUGGACUUGUUAAGAGCUAUAAUAUGCCAUGCGCAGUGGAAUCAGCUUCUCUUGAACCGAAGUGUGGGAAUAAAUUUGUCACUGGUGGAGAAGACAUGUGGGUUCGUGUCUUCGAUUUCUUCACUGGAGAAGAAUUAGCAUGUAACAAGGGGCACCAUGGUCCGGUCCACUGCGUACGGUUUACUCCUGUCGGUGAAUCUUAUGCAUCAGGAUCCGAAGAUGGAACCAUCCGAAUCUGGCAGUUGGGUCCAGCUAACAGCGACGAGCAGGAGGCAGCAAGUGCAAACGGGAAGGCAAAGGUCGGGGUAAAUGAUGUCGCACGCAAGAUCGAGGGCUUCCACAUUCCUAAGGAUGUGCAGACAGCGACGAGCAGGAGGCAGCAAGUGCAAACGGGUGUGCAGAUGGGGAACCGGCGGCUCACGCUGGCGGUGCCUCCAUUCUCAAUACCCCAAGGUGACUUAGAGUUCUCGGGCAACCAAUUGAACAAGUCGAGGUCGAAUUCGUCGAAGCAGAGCCCCCAGAUUGGUACAAAAUCAAUUUCGACGAAUAUCAGCAGAAUUGACCAUGAGCGGGAGGAGCUGAACUUAGAAGAAUGGCUCAACAUUGAUAAGUUUCCCCCACUCACACCUGGUCAGGGGAGGCCGACGGUCUCGUUCGGUUUACCAAAACAUUCUCAGCCGGCGGAAGAUACCAGACAUGAUCGUUUGCAUAAUCAGAGACCUCCGCCUAUUGCUGCGAUUGGUUCCAAUUCGAUAAUGCAAAGAACAGGAGAUGUCAGUAAUGGGAUCUUCGAAAUUGUCAGAGUUAAAUUUGGAGAGUUCGGUGCCGCCAUUGACGGCAACAAAGCUCAGUUCGAAGGGGACGAGGAGAUGGACAGUGCAUCAUGGGCUACAAGGGCCGAAAAAGGGAAAGCAGUUAUUGGGCCAGCCCAACAAGGGGGCCUGUCUAUUGAUGACCUGUUGUCUCACUCCUUUACCCCAAAGAUACAGAGAUCAGACACUACUUCCGCUCGCCCCAAAUCCACUUCUCGCUGGUACUGGAUCCCCGCCGCUAGGGUUUGGGACCCGCUGGCGGAGCGUCACCCAGCAUCUGGUAGUGACGUUCACAAGUUUGGAGCUCAGGCUAAGCAUUUGCGUUGCAUUCACCCUCGAACGACUGACGGUAGAUCGUAUGUUGAGGUAGCAUAG